GAUUGACAGGCAGUGUGAGGGAGCGAAACCUGAGCGGAAAGCUACCAAUUAAAAAGCAAGGAUACUGUUAAGGACUGACUGGCAAUAAUGACAGCAGGAUACGAGCAGACAUGAUGGAGGGACAGGUUUUUUUGAUAUUUUUACUGGAUUCUACCAUUCUCACAUUCAGACAAAUAUCUCAAGAAUUCAGACUUGACAUGAAAGCAUGAGACGAUGUCGAACUCCACGAAUAACUCGACAGACCCGGAUGACCAGUGUGCAUCUGGAGACAGGCUAUGUGUGGUUAGAGUUCACCAGGUGGAGCUCAUAGUGGUGCCAACGCUCCUUAUGGGCAUGUUCCUCAUCGUGCUGCUGGGCCUGUGCAUUUUACGCUUCUGCUCAAAGAAACCCGCCCCUGCUCCAAGCUCACCCACGGACAUUCACUUUGAAAAUCAUCAUACGGCUACACACGGGCACAGAGAAAGUCAUCAUCAACACCAUAGAAGUCAUAAUCAACACCAUGGAGACCAUCAUCAACACCAUGGCGAUCACCAUGAACACCAUAGGCCCACUCACAAUCAUCACCCACACCAUGGCGGUCAUCAUGAACACCAUGGUCCCGAUCACAACCAGCCCCAUCAACAGAGCCAGCCACACAGGCACAGUCAAGGCCACCGCCACAGGUCCACCCACAGAAGGGACCGCCAGCACUUGCAGGGGAUUGACGCUCCUCCUGAGUUAAACCCAUUGGAGCAUGAGGUCCUCCCACUGAGGCACAGCACCCCUGCACCGGCCCCUGCAGUACCACGUCCGCCCACUGAGUGGCAGCACGGCACCUUCCAGGUGGUCCGGCCACUGCCCCUGUCCUUCUCCGUGAAGGCGGACGAUGUCGUCACCCUCUACCGCGCCCGACUGGACCGCAGAGACGUCAUCCUCAGGGUGCUGAAAGAAACAGAAGAUGCGAGAGAUCGCCAGGCUUUCCAGGGGUUCGCCAACUUCCUGUCUGAGCUGGGGCCACACCCCUUCCUGCCCAGCCUAAUGGGCGUGGUGUUCAGCCGCACGCCCCUCAUCACUGCGAUCGAGGAGCUCGAGAACAGAGACCUGCUAGGCUUCCUCUGGAAGUGUCGACAGGAUCACCCCGCAGAAGGGCCAGCAUGUGAUAUCACAGAGAGACACAUAUUCACCAUGAGCGGACACGUAGCAUCUGCCUUGGAAUACUUGCACAGCAAAAACUGUGUCCAUGGCAACAUCGGAGCCAGGAGUGUGCUGGUUGGCCGGGACCUCACGGCCAAGCUAUGGGGGCUGGGUCCCGCCUACAGGAGGAUGUCACAGCCCACUACUCCCGGCCCAUUGGAGGACAUGGAGUUGAAGAAGUGGCAGGCUCCAGAGGCAUUGGCUCGCAGGCCUGCCAGUCAAAACAGCGACAUCUGGUCCUUUGGCAUUCUUUUAUACGAAAUGAUCACCCUGGGUGAUCCACCUUUUCCAAGGAUCCUGGCAAAUGAGCUCCUCCAGCAUCUUCAGAGAGGCAGCACUCUCAAACGACCAGCACACUGUUCCAAUUCACUCUACGCCAUCAUAAAGGCCUGCUGUCAGUGGAGCCCACAAAACCGCGCCUCAUUGGCCGAAGUCCAAAGAAAGCUCCAAUCAGGAGAGAGGAGUGCAAACGCCACCACAGUGCUCCGUGUACCCGAGCCACUGGACAUUGAGAAGUACAUGAGGGAGGCGGGCUAUGGAGAAUCCUACAACUAUGCUGUCCUCUGAUAGGCUGGUCGUCAUGCCAGUACCAUUCAUGAACAGUGGAGAUUUGCUCUUGCAAUUUUUUGCACGCUGAAGAAAAUCGUCUACCACACCAGGCCCCCCGUUUAUAUGAUAUUGUAUUGUUUAUGCCAUAUACAUAUAACUGGACUGUUUUUGUGCAAUAUUUUAUGUUAUCUCCAGUGGAUAAUCCUCUGGUAAUCUGGUGAGGAGUGUGCAGGGCUGUUUUGCCCAACACCACAAUCUUUCCCGCUCUUGCAGGACUGCAAGCUGAAAUGAACAGCACUUAACACUACAUUACACUGUCAUUAUUAAAGUGUUGAUUUGCACUUAAAAGUGUGCAGCUCCUCAGUCAUCAUAAUCCCUUGUUUUUGACAGUUCCUGCUGCAUAAAGCACUGUGUUCAGAUAGCCUACUGGCCAACUCUCAGAUGGGUCUCUGCCAGACGGCUCUAGAACCUUGAAUCAGCUACGAUCUUGUUAUGCAAUGUUUCUUUUUUUUAUCAGUAAAGCUUAGGGAGCAUCCAAUCAAUGGAAUGAAAACAACAACAAAAAAAGCCAUGCCCUUGUAUUCUAUACAGCAGGUCACAUGACAACAUCAUAAAUGAAUGAGAUUUAAGUGCAGUCAGCUGCUGUUGGUCAAGUGAGUGGUGUGCAUGUAAUGCUUUAUAAGACUCAUGUCUGGUUUGAUUAAUCCUGCACUUGUUCAAGCUGAGCAACUGACCAGGGGCCAUUGUGGUGAAGGCAUUUGUGCCAUAGGCACGACACGAGACAGUUGUAGUAAGAUGGAUUCGGUGCAGCCUGUUCUGUCAGGCUUGUACUCUGUCAAUCGAUUGAUUUCUCUUCUCCAUCCUUCAGCAACAUGCGAUGAGAAAUGCCAAGGUGAACGGAUGAGGCAAGAGAACAGAGAGACAAAGGACACAGGUGGCUGAGAACAUGCACAGUGCACUGUAAAAACAUACACAUCUAAACAAGUGGUAUUAAUCACAUAUAACGAUAAAGAAAAUCUGUUUGCUAUUGUUUUUUAGAUUGAAUAAGGAACUUAGCUUUCUCUCAAAAGAUUAUUUUGAUUUAAUUUAAAAUGACUUAAAAUGAUCAAUGCAACAAAUGUACAGACAAAUUUGCUUGUUUCCGGAUGAGACGUAAGACAUAAAAUAAGUCAUAUCCUUCAUAAAUUAAGUCCAAUGACUAUGAGAAAGCACUAAGUGCAUCUCUUUAUGCUGAAAACAAUUCUAACUAGAUUUUUUCAUCUUGAAAUAAGAUUGAUAACACUUAGAUAAGCAGUUUUUGCAGUGUGAACACAAAGCGUCCUGAAUUGUGUGGCGGGGAAAGUGCAAACGGCAAAGUCUGAAAACAACCAAAGUUGUCCAAGCGCUGCCUGGAAGAAGAUAACUGGGGGCUCAAAACACCAAAGACCAUAGAGCUCUACGAUCUUUGCUCAAAACUCCAAAAGGCAAAGUUCUCGUGCAUUAAAAAGUACAGCUACUGUAUGGUGUGGCAUAAGGGAGCAGUGAGCCGACCCAUUAAUGUGUGCGCUUCAAUGUCUUGCCUAUAAUGUUGUUUAAAAGCCUGUACAGUAAUAUACCAUGUGGACUGUAUUCAGACAGAUGGCACUUUUUGACUCAUUUUAAAGGGCUUAUGCUCUGGGAUCUGCGCAGCCCCUAGAGAGACUGUUCCAGUCAUCUGCACUGAAUAGAUACCUACAUUUGAAUUUCACUGCAGCAAUGGCAUCUACUGUAGAUGAAUGGGCGGACAAAUGUUCAUGCAAAGCUGAAUCUUGAUCAGUAAAUGGUUUGUCUGUUCAGCUGAGGAGAAGCACAGUAUACACAGGAUAUAUACAAGUAUACUGUACUUACCCUAUACCUGCUGAAGAUACAGUAUGUAUACUGUACAAUGUGCUAUAUAGAACCAAAAAUGGUUCUAUUGCAUGCUUCAUAUACUGUAAGGCAGAGUGUAGAUACAGUAUAUAGAUAAUUAAAUAGAUAAUCCUGCAUACAGUUCAUGACUUUUUGCAUGGGUACUAAAAUGGCACGAGCAUUUCCUCAUUUCAUUAAUGAUGAGUUCCUCUCUCAAUCAUUCAUGUCACCUGAUGAUAGGACAAAUGGCUAUAUCAUGGAUGAAUUUCAAAGUAACAGAGAACUAUCCAUGUCAAAUUUAAAGCCUAAGAUGCAUAAUAAAAAAACAAACAAAGGCAUAGGUCUUCAGCUCAAAUAACCAUGCUGGGUCCAGUGUGACUGUUCC